GCGCAUGCGCCGCAGCUUCCUCCUCCCCAGACCUGAUUGUACUGGAGUGCAGUUGAACUAGUUUUUUUUUCACGGACUGAUUUUGUUCAUAAAGAGGAUUUCGAGAGUCUUUUAUGAGUAAUCAAAGGCAGCAGAAGCCUACGCUAACAGGCCAGCGUUUCAAAACCCGAAAAAGAGAUGAGAAGGAGAGGUUUGACCCUUCCCAGUUUCAGGAAAGCAUCGUACAAGGUCUGAACCAAACUGGCACUGAUUUGGACGCUGUCGCAAAGUUCCUCGAUGCCUCUGGUGCCAAGCUUGACUACCGACGCUAUGCCGAGACGCUGUUCGACAUCCUGGUGGCUGGUGGGAUGCUGGCCCCAGGGGGAACUCUGUCGGACGACGUGACCUGCACUGACUUCUGUCUGUUCAAAGCACAAGAAGACAUGGAGACCAUGCAGGCGUACGCACAGGUCUUUAACAAGCUCAUCAGGCGUUACAAAUACUUGGAGAAAGGAUUUGAGGAGGAGAUCAAGAAGCUGCUGCUGUUUCUCAAGGGCUUCACAGAGUCUGAGCGCAACAAGCUGGCCAUGCUGACGGGAAUCCUGCUGGCCAACGGCAACCUCUCUGCAUCCAUUCUGAGCAGCCUCUUCAAUGAGAACCUGGUCAAAGAAGGUGUUUCAGCAUGCUUUGCUGUAAAACUCUUCAAAUCCUGGCUUUCUGAAAAGGACAUCAACUCGGUUGCUGCCAGUCUCCGAAAGGUUGGCAUGGACAACAGGCUUAUGGAACUGUUUCCUGCCAACAAGCGCAGUUGUGAGCACUUCUCAAAGUACUUCACAGAUGCCGGGCUCAAGGAGCUUUCAGAUUUUGCCAGAAACCAGCAAUCCAUAGGUGCUCGCAAGGAGCUGCAGAAAGAGCUUCAGGAUCAGAUGUCACGUGGGGACCCCCUCAAAGAUAUCAUCGCCUACGUCCGAGAGGAAAUCAAGAAGAACAACAUAUCGGAGCAGACGAUGAUUGGACUAAUCUGGUCCAGCGUAAUGAGCUCCGUGGAGUGGAACAAGAAGGAGGAGCUCGUCACAGAACAAGCCAUCAAACACUUAAAGCAAUACAGCCCGCUGCUGAAGGCUUUUACCUCCCAGGGCCUCUCUGAACUCACGCUGCUGCUGAAGAUCCAGGAGUACUGCUACGACAACAUCCACUUCAUGAAAGCGUUUCAGAAAAUUGUUGUACUUCUCUACAAAGCGGAUGUUUUGAGCGAGGAGGCGAUUCUGAAGUGGUACAACGAAGCCCACGUCGCCAAAGGGAAGAGCGUUUUCCUUGAGCAGAUGAAGAAGUUUGUUGAAUGGCUGAAGAACGCAGAGGAAGAGUCUGAGUCUGAGGAGGAGGAGGCGGACUGAGGACCGGCUUCUACAACCGUCUCAAUUUGUAUUUUUAACUUAACAUCAGAUGCAGUACAAGAGUUUGUUACAGAAGUCUGUCUAUACUGGGUUUUUUUUUCUAUCCUCUACCUCCUCAUAUAAUUCAACUGUAAUGUAAGGGCUUUAAUAUGUUUUGUUUUUUUUCCGACAUGCUUUCUGUCUGAAUCAAUACUUGUACUUUUCUUUCUCCUCCUUCAGGAGCCAGUCACAGUGCCACAUUUAGCUAAAUAGAUUGAAACCUCUUUCAUGUAACAAAGCUUUUAUGGAGCGAUUAUUCCCUUUAAAAUUAGCCAGUUUGAAGGCACAUUUCACAGCUAUUGUAUUUAGUCAUGGAACUCCUCUUUGCCAGAGGUCCAUCUGUGUCGCCACGAUAUGCUGGUCCUCUGAAAGGCAAAUCCGUCUCUGCCAGUUAUGUGACAACUUUGAAUUUAUUGCCAGUUUUUAGAUUCUGUCUCCAUUAUUGGCGAUGGAGCUGUGCCAAUUCAAACAGCAGUGGAUGGCAGUGCCACCCCAUAAAUUGAACUUCCCAUGCAUCUCACAUAAUAGAGCCAUGCUAGCUUUGUAGGGUUUCCCCCCUUUAUCAUACAUUUGAAAUAAAUGGAAAUUAAUGGCUUUCA